UCGUUAAGGUGAUCAAUCUCAGCUGUGAUUUUCCUACUAUGACAAGUCAACAUGUCUGCUGUGAAAAAGGUCCCUUCCAUGCAGUAAUACUCUACCUGGAAAGAAGUACUCAUUCAGAUCCCGACCGGCAGCAUGAACCUGGAAGACGCUCUUGGUGAAGGGUGGCCCUCUGCUGCCCCCAACACCCAAUCAGGUCCCUGGCCUGGACAACCCGCCAAUCCCACCUGGCCAGGUCAGCCACCUGCCAACCCCGCCUGGCCCGGAGGUCCUGGAGGUCAGCCACCUGCCAACCCCGCCUGGCCUGGAGGUCCUGGAGGUCAGCCACCUGCCAACCCCGCCUGGCCUGGAGGACCUGGAGGUCAGCCACCUGCCAACCCCGCCUGGCCUGGAGGACCUGGAGGUCAGCCACCUGCCAACCCCACCUGGCCCGCAGGCCCUGGAGGUCAACCACCUGCCAACCCCAGCUGGCCUGGAGGACCAACUCCCAACCCCAGCUGGCCUGGAGAACCAACUCCCAACCCCAGCUGGCCCGCAGGCCCCGGAGGUCAGCCACCUGCCAACCCCAGCUGGCCUGGUCCUGGAGGACCUGGACCCGGACCUGUCCCUGCCGUUGCCCCCCAACAAAGUCUGGCGGUCCCUUACAAACAAAAUCUUCCAAGUGGAGUUUAUGACAAACUGCUCAUCACCAUCGCUGGGAUCGUGAACCCCAACGCUCAAAAGAUCACAGUGGACAUGUUCGCAGGUCAGGACCUGGCCUUCCACUUUAACCCUCGCUUCAAUGAGGACGGCAAGAAGGUGAUCGUUAGGAACAGCUGCAUCGGCACCAAGUGGGGGAGAGAGGAGAGAGAACUGCAGAACUUCCCCUUCGUCCAGGGACAGCCAUUCGAGAUGAAGAUCUUGUGCACCAACAAAGAGUUUAAGGUGGCCGUCAACAACGCUCACGUGUUGGCGUUCCAACACAGAGUCACGAACCUCAAAUCCAUCAACUCACUCAACAUCUACUGCGACCUCAAACUGUCCAAGGUCAACCUGGAGACGUUGCCCUGAGGAAAAUCUACCGCAGAUCUACCACUGAGGAUCCAUCACAGAUUUGCUAAAGAAUACCCAGAGAUCUACUGGGGAUCCACCAGAGCUCUACUGGGGAUCCACCAAAUAUUUGUUGGGGAUCCACCAGAGCUAUACUGGGGAUCCACCAAAAAUCUACUGGGGAUCC